GCUCCCUCACCCAGUGCUCCAACAUCCCAUUCCACCAUCACACCGGUACUGUGUAUCAUUCUAAUCAAAUAGAACACAAAAAAAGUGAGCGUUUCGCAGUGAUUUGCAAAAAAAAUUGGUGCGUUACCAAGACCGUUAUGUGCAACGAAUUUGUUUAUAAUAAUAAUAGAAGUGAUUUUCGGUGAGGUCUGCGUUAGAAAUUGUGAUAAAUACCACAAAGUAAGAAUAAAAGAAGAUAUACUAUAUGUAUAAAAAGUAACAAUUUUAUAGUAGGUACAAAAAAUAAUUUGUUUGAGAUAGUUAAACACACUGCCAAAUAUUUCACUAGUAAACAAAAUAUUCAUAAUAUAAGUACAUUCUUGUUAUAACAAUAGUCUUCCAGCACAAUCCCUAUUUAUACAGCUGUAAAUAAUUAAAAUAUUCCAAAGAAAGAAAACCAAAAAGUUAAAGAAAAUGAACGAAAUAGAUUUGAUCAAGGAGGUCGAAAAGCGUCCAAUUCUGUACGACAAGUCCGUCAGCGGUUUCAAUAAAACAAAGCUAAGAGACGAUGCGUGGAAAGAGGUGCAAGAAGCUCUACAUGUUUCUGAAUCAGAAUGUAAGAAGCGCUGGAGAUCCCUUCGAGAUUCGUUCAUAAAGCUGCAGAGGACGCAUGGAGGUCGAACCAGGUGGCCUUAUCAUCAGGCCAUGAGGUUCCUUCUGCCGCACAUAGAGCCCAAAGAUAAUGGAGCAUCCAAAAAAGAGGCUGAAGACUCGGACGGUGAAGAAGAGAUCCGCCAGCGCGCGAUACAAUGCUUGCCAGACCUGUCCUACAGCCAGGACACGAAGUACGAAGACGAUGACGACGACGACUCCCAACCUUCACCCAAGAAAGCUCGUCAGAACUCCACUGACGACGACGCAAACCCUUGUUCGUGUAACCGCAAUGACCCUGACGAACUAUUCCUAAUCAGUUGUGCCCCAACUCUAAAAAGGUUGAGUUCGAAACAGAACGCACUUGCCAGACUUAAAAUUCAACAAGUGUUGCUAGAAGCUGAGUUCGGAUCUCAAAUGGAACUGCCUUACGUGACUCCAGCUAGUGAUUGCGACUUCGAUGCUGUAGAAUAACGCUGAGAUUUGAAAGCCCGGGUUUUAUUAGAUAUUUACCUAUUAAAUAGCACUAUAGAUUUUAUUGAAACAAAUAUACACAGAGUUAGGAAGAUUUACAACCUAAGUUUUAACAGAUCUUAUAUAGAGUAAGCUUGAUUGCAAUUUUCGUAUUAUUAGUUAGAUUGAGAUUUUUCUAUGCACCAAUACUUUUUCAGCAUUUAAUAUGAGUAAUUCAGGACAGGCCCCUUAAAAUAAAGGUAGCAACUAGCAAGGUAAUGUUUUUAAGAUUUGUAAUUGAUUUUCUUCGUAGGUUAGGGGGCAGUUAAAUGUUGCAAUAAUUCAAUUAUUUUUUCUUGGGUUGUGCUUUGAAACCCUCUGCCAAACGAUGUGUUUGAGGAUCUUUAAUUCUAGUCUGCUUGCAUUUUAGUAGCUUUUACUAGCGUUCGUUUAGUUUAUUCGGCUAUUUUUAAUGAUUGUAGUAAUUAUAUAUUAGUUGCAUUUAUAUUACAUAAGCAAUAUUUUUGAACAAAAAUACAUUAGGUAUACUAUUAAAAUGUUUUUUUUUUUAUUACGCAUGAUUUAACUUAGGGCUCACUCAAAGUAACUGCCUAUCUUUAUUUCGCACAUUUUUUUCUCAACUUCAAUUAAAACUUUGAAGAGCCUAACGACAGUUUAAAAACCAGUAAAAGAUGUUUGCUUUCAAGAUGUUUUUUCAGCUCUUUAUGGUUUUAUAUUAGGUUCUAGUCUUUAAUUGAAUAUUGAUUAUUAAAUAAAUCUUUUAUUCCAA